AUGGCACUCUGGGUGACUGUGGUCCUGGCUCUCACCUGCCUCGGUGGUUUUGCUGCCCCAGGCCCAGUGCCGCGCCCAGUGCCAUACCCAGUGCCUUCCCCUGUGGCCCUCAAGGAGCUCAUCGAGGAGCUGACCAACAUCACGCUAGACCAGAAGACUCCCCUGUGUAACAGCAGCAUGGUGUGGAGCGUGGACCUGACAGAUGGCGGGUACUGUGCAGCCCUGGAGUCCCUGAUCAACAUCUCCAACUGCAAUGCCAUCCACAAGACCCAGCGGAUACUGAAUGGACUCUGCACCCGCAAGGCCUCAGCUGGGGUUUCCAGCCUCCCAGAUACCAAAGUCGAAGUGGCCCAGUUCAUAAAGACCCUGCUCACUUAUUCAAGGAAGCUUUUUCGCACCAACAAGGUCUACUGA